AUGGGCCCUCAAUCUCCUGCCUCACCACCUGCUCCAUCAACUCUUACUCGCCUCGCGCCCACAACGACUCCUCACCAGGGCCUACCGCGCCACCCCUAUCGUCGCCACAACAACGCGAGUCCCCAUCUUCCACAAACCCUCGGCAUUGACUACCAGUCGCUCAAAACCAACAUCAGUUGUCCGAAUCCUCCGCUAAACGCAACAAUGAUCCUCCCCGACCCGUCCCUGUUCGAGGACGACCAGGCCCACGGAUCCCUCUCCCUUGUAAGCUUUGUCGUCCCGCCCCAACCCGACGCUAAGCUGUGUGCGGAAAAAGGGACUCACAGGACGUAG